AGCCAUUGAAGUUGGUUUCUUUAUUCUUGCAAUUCCGGGAAUUUGGUACGAUUUCGUUUGGUGUCGCUGACGUAGCUUGUUGUGUGGCGGUUCUAGUAUGAAAAUAAUUGAAUACAAAAGCUCACGUCGUGCCCCUAAUCUAAGCUAACCAAGUACUUUGGAAUUCUUACAACGCAAAAAACAAAACAACGUAUUCAGCGAUUAAAAAAAUAUCAGCAGUCAUCAUGGGUAUUGCAUCGGGAGUCGGUCAUGUCUUCCAAUCAAUCGUCGAAGUAAUUCAAGGCCUAUUAGCGACCGUCAUCAACUUCUUCCAAUGGAUCGUCAACUCAAUCAUUGGCGUAUUCCAGGCCUUUGUCCACUUCGUUGAGGGAACCCUUGGUUUCGCAAUCCACAAUUUCUUUAUCUUAGGUACCUUGGCCGCGGUUGUUUUUGGAUAUCUAUUAUAUACCCAGAGACAGGGGACGGCGCCAGUUAGUCGGAGUGUCAAGAACAAGUCUUAGUGGCUGAAGACAUCAGGCAUGUUGAAGUAGCGAAUAUAACAGCGAUCCGUACACGUUAGAAAUAUAAUUGGUUUUGAGGAUUAUCUCGC